AUGACGCAGAUCGUAUCGGGCGCUGAUAUCUACGGACAAGGGUCCUGGGUUGACUCCAAGGCGCCGCCAGUGCCCGAUGAUGCACGCCGACUUCUCAAGAAGCUGGCCGAGGCGACGCCGGGAUUUACCAAAGACCCCACCGUUCUGGACACGGUAUCUUUCACUGGCUCCUCCGACACAAUCGUACCCGGUCCAUUGAAAUCCGCUGUUGUCGCUAGUGCUCUGCACGCCAUGAGCGGCAUCGUGGCCAACGAGCUCCUCGAGCUCAGAGACGGCCAUAGCUCCAGCAGGACUGUAUCUAUCGACACCGACCAUGCUGCAUUCUGGCUCGGAAGCGUGGGCAUGACCAAGCGAAACGGUCAGACUGUCCAGGAACUUGGCAAGGAGGGUAAAUUAGCUGCCAUCUUCCCUAAAGAUCUCCAAGGAGACAUCUUCGGAAAGCCAUUGAGAUUGCGCGCUACGGCAAACUACGAGACCAAGGAUGAAGGCGUUUGGUUUCAACUACACGGUAACGACGAGGCCUCUCGAGUCAUUGCUGAGCACGUUCGCAAGUUCGGAGCACAUGAACUGGAGAUGAUACACUUUGUUCAAGGCCUUUGUGGAAGUAUUUGCUAUACUCCUGCUGGAUGGAAACAGACACGUAUGGCCAAGGACUUGUCUAAGCAUCCCCUUAUCAACUACAAGCAGCAGACACAUGCAGUUCCUACACCAGCCAUUCCGUUGCCAGUAUCUGCCGAUAAACGGCCGCUGGCUGGUAUUAAGGUCGUGGAGCUUGUCCGCAUCAUUGCAGGCCCCGUGAUUGGAACGACACUGGCUGCUCUCGGAGCGGAUGUGAUCCGUGUGAACUGCGGUCGCCUCCCUGACUUUAACGGACUUCAAUUGACGCUGAAUGCUGACGUUAGAACUGUGGAUAUUGACCUGGCUAAAGAGGAUGAAGUAAAUCACCUCCUCGAGUUAGUUUCAGAUGCGGACGUCUUCAUCCAAGGGUACAGGCCAGGAGUGAUUGCCAAGAAAGGGCUCAGCCGUGAUAAUAUCCUCGAGAUAGCUGGAAAAAGAGGCAAGGGCAUCGUGUAUGUGGAAGAGAAUUGCUACGGACCAGAUGGCCCUAUGGCUGAGCGACCUGGCUGGCAACAAAUUGCGGAUGCUGCUUCUGGGUGUUCCCACGUCAUCGGGAGAAGCCUGGGCCACAAAGACGGAACAUGUGUGCUUCCUGCUCUGCCCGUUCCGGAUAUGCUCACGGGUUUGAUCGGAUGCAUUGGUACCAUGAUGGCCAUCAGAGAUCGUGCACGUCAAGGCGGAUCCUACCACGUCUUUGCUUCCCUCAUGGCUACUGCCUCUCUCCAUCUAAGCCCUGAGGUCGGAUUGUACUCACCUGAGGUGGUACAGGGCUGCCAAGAGAAGUUUGGUUGGGACGAAACGAGCCCUGACCUCUUUGUGCUUGAGCUGUUGGAUGUGGUGCUGAAGGCAUGGGCUAAAGCGAUGCCAAAGUCCUUUGGGGAAGAUUCACCUUAUAUGUCUACCCUCAGAGGUGAAUGGGACGAAUUUGAAGUGCUGAAGCCGGUUGUUCAGCUGAGCGACAAAAGCGCAUCGCCAUACUACUCAUCUGCUCCAGAGCCUAACUGCUAUCGCGACAGUACUGUAAUGGCGUGGCAAUAG